UAUAAAAUCCCAAUAACAUAUUUACCGGAAAGAUCCUGAAUGAGGCCACGGUAGAGCUCUUCAAAGCCACCAAAACGCCGUCGUGCAGUUUAAAGAACAUUGGGCAGCGUAUGUAGCGCUACUACUGUCUACUUAUACUGGUGCUUGGAAGGUUUCAUUUUGAUGAAGAACUCCAUGCUCGGUUUUAAAGGGAAAGUCUAUUAAUUCUACAGCCAAACUAGCAAAAUUAUCAAAUAUACAAUAGAAACAUUAAAAAAAAUGUAAAUAAAAUAUAUCUUAAAAGUUAAAACCAUGUUUCCUAUUGUGUAGUGAUUUAUUUAGACUUAAUUAUUUAAUUUUCUCUUUGAGUUAAAUACAUUUUUAGUCCUCAUAAAAUUAAGACCUUUCAAAUUUAGUUCCUAAAUAAUUUUUUUUAUUACAAAAAAUGAAUGUUUUUAGUUCCUCAAAAUAGUCCAUAUAAAAAACAAAAUCGGGACUAUUUGUGAAUAAUUUUUGUAAGGACUGAUGAUGAGAAGUCUUAAAAAAAAUGAUUUAAAAAGAAGACUAUUGUUUUACUGAUUUGUUUAGACUAUUAUGUUGAAACAUGGCGUUGAAAAGUAAAGGUUGCUGCAACAUGCAAGUAGUUGCAUGUUAGAAAAAUAUGCAAAAAAAACAUAGGCUUCUUGCGUUGACUUUUCUAGCUUCAUCAUUGUUUCAACUAAUUGAUCCAAAGAUAUUGAUAACUGUGAUAUGAGUUGAAAGUAUUAAGAGAGUUUAAUAUCUGCUGCUAACAAAUUCUCCAUCUCCCUGACAAUAGAAAAAAAAGAUGGGUUUUGAACCAUUGAUUUGGUACUGCAAACCAGAACCAAACAGUAUUUGGGAUAAAAUUGUAGAUAGUACUUUUGGGUCAUAUACACCUUGUGCAAUCAACACUCUUGUUACCUCUACUUCAAAUUUGGUUCUUAUGGGAUUGUGCUUAUAUAGAAUAUGGCUUAUCAGUUGUAAUGUUAAAGCUCAAAGGUUUUGUUUGAAAUCACAUUACUAUAAUUAUAUGCUUGGAAUGUUGGCUUGUUAUUGUGCUGUUCAGCCUGUGUUGAGAUUGCUGACUGGAAAUUCAGCCUUCAACCUGAAUGAGGAAACUGGUUUUGCUCCUUUUGAGAUAACAGCUCUGGUCAUUGAAUCACUUGCUUGGUUCUCAAUGAUAAUUCUCAUCCUCUUGGAAACCAAGGUUUAUAUUAGGCAAUUUAGGUGGUUGGUAAGGUUUGGAGUUAUUUAUGUUUUGGUGGGAGAUAUUGUAAUGCUUGACCUUCUUCUGUCAGUCAAAGAUUACUCUAACAGAUCUGCUCUAUUUCUGUAUAUUAGCACUGUUAUCUUCCAGGUGUUGUUUGGUACCUUACUUCUAGUUUACGUUCCUAAUUUGGUUCCAUAUUCUCAUCAUACAACAAUCCAAGCUGAAAUACCUGAAAAUGGUGAAUAUGAACCACUUUGUGGAGAUGAUCAAGUUUGCCCAGAGAUGUGUGCCAAUUUAUUAUCUAGAUUAAGUUUUGGAUGGAUAACUCCACUCAUGAAACAAGGUUACAGAAAACCCAUUACAGAAAAGGAUGUUUGGAAGCUAGACAAGUGGGAUCAAACAGAGACAUUAAAUGAAAAGUUCCAAAAGUGCUGGAUGUCAGAAUUUCAAAGCUCUAACCCUUGGCUUUUAAGAGCAUUUAACAAUAGCCUAGGGAAAAGGUUUUGGUAUGGAGGGAUCUAUAAGAUUGGUAAUGAACUUUUUCUAUUUGUGGGGCCUAUUUUUCUGAGCCGUCUCUUAGAUUCAAUGCAAAACGGAGAUCCGUCGUGGAUCGAUUACAUCUACGCCUUCUCCAUAUUUGUCGGAGUGUUAGUUUGUGUUCUAUGCGAUGCACAGUAUGUCCAGAAUGUUAUGCGUGUUGGUUUUCAACUUAGAUCAACAUUGGUGGCUGCUGUAUUCAGAAAAUCUUUGAGGCUAACUCAUGAAAGUAGAAAGAAGUUUUCAUCUGGGAAGCUUAUGAAUAUGAUAACAACUGAUGCCAAUGCAUUACAGGAAGUAUGUCAACAACUUCAUGGAUUAUGGUCAGCGCCGUUCCGCAUUAUUAUAGCUAUGGUUCUUCUAUACCAGGAACUAGGUGUUGCUUCAUUUAUUGGAUCACUAAUGCUAGUUCUCAUCAUUCCACUACAGACAUUUGUUAUUAGCAAAGUGAGAAAACUGGCAAAAGAAGCACUGCAACAAACAGACAAAAGGGUUGGUCUCAUGAUUGAAAUUCUAUCGGCCAUGGAUACAGUAAAAUGUUAUGCAUGGGAAACAAGCUUUCAGUCUAGAAUUCAAAGCAUUCGACAUGAAGAACUAUCAUGGCUCCGCAAAGCACAGCUUCUAUAUGCUUUAAACAAUUUUAUACUGAACAGCAUCCCAGUUCUUGUGACAGUAACUUCCUUUGGAAUGUUUGCCUUACUUGGUAGAGAAUUGACACCUGCAAGGGCAUUCACCUCACUAUCACUGUUUUCAGUUUUGCGCUUUCCUUUAAGUACGCUUCCAAGUGUACUAAGUAAGGUAGCAAAUGCAAAUGUCUCAUUGCAACGUUUGGAGGAACUGUUUUUGGCCGAGGAACGGAAUUUAAAACAAAAUCCACCUAUUGUUCCAGGACUUCCAGCCAUCUCAAUAAAGAAUGGAUAUUUUUCAUGGGAUCCUAAGGCAGAGAAGGCCACAUUAUCAAAUAUCAAUGUUGAAAUACCAGUUGGAAGCUUAGUUGCAAUCAUUGGAGGUACUGGAGAAGGGAAAACAUCACUUAUUUCAGCAAUGCUUGAAGAGUUACCUCUUAUAUCUGAUGGAAAUGCUACAAUCAGAGGCACUGUUGCUUAUGUUCCUCAGAUUUCAUGGAUUUUCAACGCUACAGUUCGAGAAAAUAUAUUAUUUGGAUCAAAAUUCGAUCAUAACCGGUAUUGGAAGGCCAUUGAUGUCACCUCUUUGGAGCAUGAUCUCAACUUUUUACCUGGACGCGACUUUACAGAGAUUGGAGAAAGAGGAGUGAAUAUUAGUGGUGGGCAAAAGCAAAGAGUUUCCUUAGCUAGGGCUGUAUACUCAAAUUCAGAUGUAUAUAUAUUUGAUGAUCCUUUAAGUGCUCUUGAUGCUCAUAUUGCUCAAGAGGUUUUCAGGAAUUGUAUAAAGGAAGGGCUGCAAGGAAAAACCAGGGUUCUUGUCACCAACCAGCUCCAUUUUCUCCCUCAGGUGGAAAAAAUUAUUCUUGUUAGUGAAGGUAUGAUUAAGGAGCAAGGAACGUUCGAGGAGUUGUCGAAAUGUGGGCCUCUAUUUCAGAAACUAAUGGAAAAUGCAGGGAAAAUGGAACAAGAGGUAGAUAGUAACAAAGAUAGAGAUAGUCAUGACAACAAGACUGAUGCUUUACCCUUUAAUAAUGAGGCAAUGGUAGAGUUACCAAAUGAUACAAACUAUGAGAAAGGAAAAUUGCGAAAAUCGGUACUUGUUAAGAAAGAAGAGCGGGAGACAGGCGUGGUUAGUUGGAAAGUUUUAACGAGUUACACAUCUGCUUUGGGAGGGCUCUGGGUAGUUUCUAUACUUUUUGCAUGCUACACAUUAACAGAAGCUCUUCGAAUUUCGAGUAGCACAUGGUUAAGUGUGUGGACAUCUCAAGAUUCCACUGCAGCUUCUCAAGCAGGAUAUUUUAUUUUCAUUUAUGCACUUUUUUCAUUCGGACAGGUAUCUGUGGCACUUGCAAACUCUUAUUGGUUGAUCAUUUCAAGUCUUCGUGCUGCCAAAAGAUUGCACGAUGCGAUGCUAGAUAAAAUUCUACGCACUCCAAUGGUGUUCUUCCAGACCAAUCCUGUUGGCCGCAUAAUUAAUAGAUUUGCGAAAGACACAGGAGACAUAGAUACCAAUGUUUUUAAUUUGGGGAAUAUGUUUCUUGGGCAAGUCUGGCAACUACUUUCAACAUUUGUUCUUAUAGGCACCGUCAGCACCAUAUCCUUGUGGGCUAUAAUGCCAAUUCUGAUAUUUUUCUAUGUUGCUUAUAUAUUCUACCAGAGCACAGCUCGAGAAGUGAAGCGCAUGGAUUCCAUUACAAGGUCUCCUGUUUAUGCACAUUUUGGAGAAUCUUUGAAUGGAACCGUUCGUUUCAAUCUUGAUCCAUUUAACGAACACAAUGAUGCUGACCUUUGGGAAGCUUUGGAAAGGGCACACUUGAAGGAUGUCAUAAGAAGAAAUUCAUGUGGUCUAGAUGCUCAGGUUUCUGAGGGAGGAGACAAUUUCAGUGUUGGACAGAGGCAGCUAUUAAGUCUAGCUAGAGCGUUGCUAAGAAGAUCAAAGAUUCUUGUCUUGGAUGAAGCUACGGCUGCUGUUGAUGUUAGAACAGAUGCUCUUAUACAGAAAACUAUCAGACAAGAAUUUUAUUCAUGCACAAUGCUCAUCAUUGCUCACAGAUUGAAUACAAUCAUCGACUGCAAUCGGAUUCUGUUGCUAGAUACUGGCAAGGUUCUUGAAUACAGUUCACCCGAGAAACUCUUACAAAAUGAAGAAACUGCAUUCUACAAGAUGGUACAAAGCACUGGACCUGUAAAUGCUGAGUACUUAUGUAGCUUAGUAUUUGGAAGGACGGAGAACAAUUCCAAUGAAUAUAACAAGGAGCUGGAAAUCCAUACGAAACCGUUAGCAUCUAUCCAUUGGAAUACUGCAACUCAAUUUGCAAUAGCUACUACUCUUUCUUCAUUACAACACCUUCAAAGUCCAAAUACAAAAGACAAGAAAGACAUACAUAAUAUAACAAAGAAUGCAGUAACAACACUUCAGGAAGUUCUUGAAGGAAAGCAUGGUGAAAGUAUAGAAGAGACAUUGACAAAAUAUCAUGUUCCUAUAGAUAGAUGUGUUUUCGAGCCGGACCGACCAGUUCAACCAGGAAUCAGCUAGUCCGCCGGUUGGUUCAACCACGGUCGGUGCUCAGUCUAUUAGAAAUAGAUCGAACCAGGUUCAACCGGUUAUGCUUUUCUGUUUAUCUCCAAAAAAGUAAUAUUACAUUACAUAAUCGUUAGUUUAGAUUGAAUAUCAGUGUAAAAAAAUUUACAUUGUGAAUGUAUAGUUAUUAAACUCUUGUAAGUUGAACAAAAAUAUUUCUACUGAGUCAAAAAUAAAUGUUUAAUAAUCAUUUUACUUUCUGUA